AUUUUUUUUUACAAAAUGGGACGCUUUAGACCUGCGAAGGAAUCUUCUACUAAAACAAAUCCAUCAACAACCAUUGAGACUGCAUCAAAAUUGGAAAAACUCCAAAAAAGUAUAGAAGAACUUCAAAAAGUAAACAGCGACAUGGCUAAAGAAAUUAAGGAAUUAAAAGAAACAUUUUGUGGACAAAACAAAAUAAUUGUAGAUCUAUUGUCUGAAAUGCAUGUCCUCAUAAAAUCAAAUUUAACCUCCACUGCAGUGGCCACAAGAUAUUUGGACAAAUUUCCUCUUAAAUCUAAAUCGGAAAUGGACGAUAUAGAACUAGAAAUUUCUGAUGAAAAUAUGGAAGCUAUGACUCACACAAUUAAAAAAAUAGUGAGAAGAAAUGGUAUUAAGAAAAUGCUAACAGCCAUUUUUGAUAAACAUCUGCUACUAGAAUUUAACGUUGAUGGAAGACAAAAUAAAAAAAGACUCUUAGACUACCCAAAACUUAUAAAUUUAAUUUACAAAUGUGUUUAUAAAGACGAAAUGUUGACAAAAAAGGACUUUUAUGAUGAAAUAAGAAAAGGCAUUCGCUUGGCAAAAAAUAGACAUUACAAAGAAGCAUCCUUUAAAAAAAAUCAGCAGCUUAGAUUAAAUGACAUUCAAAGUAAUUCUUCUAAUGAUGAAAAUAGUUUAAAUUAUUUAAAUACAAAGGAAAAUGAAUUAUCUUUAAUGGAUUUUUGACUAUUUUUCUUCUUAAAUUUCAUGAAUUUUCUUUUUUGGAAUAAUUUAUUUUUUACUCUUAUUGCUGAACGAAAUAUUUUUUUAUAAUUAAUUUUUUAUUCUUAUUCAUUUUUUAAAACACUUGUUCUUUUUUCAAUUUCCAAUAAUUUGUAAAUUUCGUUAUUAUUGAACAGACCAAAUAUUUCGUAAAAAUAUUAAUACUUAUAAAAUAUUAUUAUACUUUACAUUUUUAAAAACUCUU